GGGUGGGUGGGGGUGCAGGAAGACAUCUCACACAGCACAGGAGAAAGCAAUUUUUCUAGGAAUAGGUGCAAGAAAGAAACAGCAAAAUUCUUUGUGUGUGUGUAGCCAAGCCUUGAGUAUCACUAGAUUUUUUUUUUGCUCCCACAGCUUUUUAAUCAACAAUCCAGUUACUGAGGACACUUAUUUUUUUUUUCCCCUCUGGGAUAUAGUUCUGGUAAAUCUUGUAAAUUCAGGGGUUUUUCCUACUUCCUUGAAGACAUUUUUGUGCUCAGUUACCAUGUGUGUAUUAGUGCCAAAUUUCCAUGUGUAGGAUAACUACUAGUUGUGUUGCUGAACUUGCGGCAGUUUGCAGGAAGCUUCGCUGCUUCACCUGCCAAGGCAACUAGGAAUAUGAAGGUUUAAGCUAUAAGGUAAUUCGAAGAGACAGCAACCAGAACCUGUUUGUUGAAGUUUACCACAUCAUAUUACACAGAUUUAUAAAUGUUUUAUACUCGAUUUGAAAACAGUUUUUGCGAGUCUCCAGCCAAGCAUGGCAUUCACGAUCAGAGAGUUCAGCAAGCUCAGACUCCCUUCCGAAGCCAGCAGGACAGCAUCCUCCAUGGCGUGAAUCACAGUCUACGUCGGUGUUUCAGCUCAUCUUAAAAUGAGGGCAGAAGAUAUAAUAGUUGAUGUCCUUUUUUGGGAUGGACGUGAUCAUACAGGGUAAGCAGUCUGGCAUCAAGAUGCUACGGAGCAGUCUGCUGUCUACGUAGGCGGCGAUAGGUACCAGGUGUCGAGGGGAGAUGGAAGGUUGCAAAUGAAGACAGAGAACCCAGGGAAGGCCUUGGGAAUUUACUACCUCUCCUACCUUGAGGCUUCUUUAUACAGUGGUCAUGCACCAGACGAGGGUUGUUGGCCUUGGCAACCGUGAAUUCGCAAUGUGUGUGCAGUGGUGUAAUAGUUCAUCUGAGGGAGCACGGGGGCUGCUGCAGAUCUUUCUGGCACGGAGCAGCAGGAAAAGGGUGCGCUUCCCAGAGCCCGCUUAAGGAUAGCCUUGGUUGUGACUGUUUUGGCAACUGGUUCUGUUAAAUGAUCACAGCGGGUCAGAAAGCUGGCAAUAAUUAUUCAAACAUAGUGGAUGUGGGUACUGUUAAUAGGAAUUAAUUACAAGAGGCGAUUAGCUCUCUGGUAGCAGAGACGCCAGCAGGACUAUGGGAAGUGUAUGAAACAGAUUUUAAAUGUUGAGUUGUGAGUUCCAAUGACAGCAGCAGCUGAAUAUAGUUGUAAAUUAAUCCCAAAGGCCAGGAAAAAGUGACAUUUUAUUUUCAAGUAGAUCUCAUGCCCAGUGAUGAAACUACAAGGGCGACGACUGCCACACACGUUUUCAGUAACUGAUGUUAGGACACUUUCUUUGGCUCUGUCAAGCCACGGUCCCAUUCACACUUGUGUGAUCACAGGGGUGUCUUAACUUAUUUUUGAAAUACUAGAUCUUUUAAGUGAAAACAACAAUAACACUCCUCAUCUGAUGAAUGGUUCAGUGUUAGCAUUGGGUUCACCCUCUCCUGGUGGGGUGAUGCUUUAGGUCUGUAGAUCCUAAAACACAUAAAGUAAUUUGUAGAAAGUAGCCUGCCAUACAGAUACCACAUUCUUACAAAAUUCAAUGACUGAUUCAGUUUAUCACUAAUCACAAUAGCCUUGUUUUAUAUCAACAAUCACGAAACAUACUGAACAUCCCCUUUAUUUCAUGAAGCAAUUAGACAAUGCAUUUGGUAUCGUAUAUCUCUUUACGACAAUGCAUCUGUCAUGUUUAGCAGAUUGAUAUCUUUAAUGUUAUUGUUGGAGUGCAAAUGAAGGUCUCUGUUAAAUACUACUUUUUUCAAAACUGAGUGUCCCCCCUCCCCCCUCAACAGUCCUAUUUUCACCAGAUAAGAACAAGAUAGCGAGAGGCUUUAUGCCAAAGUCCUAUUUAAUGAUUCUUUUCAGUGCUUUUCAUGCAUUUGCCUUUCUGUUCCUAGUAAGGCCUGACGAAGUCUUUGAUCAGUGUAGCACCUCUUUUUCAAUAUCCCUCAGCUGCUUUUAAAUAGAUUCGUUGCAAACAACUGCAACCAGCUCUAACUAUAGGUAGUUACCAGUUCAGAACACUGUGAAUGUCCCUGACAGCUGUUAAUUUAUGUUUACAUUCAUUUAAUGUAACAUUGUUUUCUCAACUUCUUGGCAGUUUUAUACUUUCUAUUUUCCAGGUUUGUUUUCUACAUCAACUCUUCCUUCAGUGAUCUUUAGUGCGGUCCUGAGAAGCUUUUAUGAGUUUUGUCGUUAUUUGCUGAACAGAAUGAAGAAUCAAACAAUUCAGAGGCUCAGCAAAAACACACUGAGAUUUAGUUCAGCCUCUAGAACUUCCUAACAAAGGACAUGUGUUGGAUGUGUUCCAUAUUUUAUAUACUACAUCUCACUAAAAAGACAUCUGAUUUUUCAGACAUACAGCACAAUGGCAGCCUGUGGGUUUUUGUUCAUUGCAAAGGCUGUGUCUAUGCUAGCAAAUUAAAGGGUGCCAGGGCGCAGAGCGGGAGACUUGACGCCCGCUGCUUACACUGUUAAAUUGUUGUCACAGAGUCCCUGUGCUCGGUCCAGGCUGCGCCGCGUUCUUCCAAGCAACCCUUGGUGUGGUUCAGGGCUUGGCUCGGCCCCAGCUGACAACGCAGACACAGCCAUCCUGUUUUGGUGGUUAAAAGAGGUUAAUAAUAUGGCCCUGGCCAUUGGCAUGAGGCAGUUUGCCUCAGAAAUAGUGCAGGCACUGGUACUCUUCAGUUUACCUAGUACAAGUAAAAUUCAGAACUGAGCAAUACAGCAACAAGUACUCCUUACCUUCUGCAAAUAUGCCAUGACCUGCCCUCCUACAGAGAGUCCUACGCUACCAGGAGCAUCCAACAGUGACUGAGCUGAGAGGUGCACACCCCGCUCUCCUGGCGGGAAAAGAAAAGUCUAAGUCUGCUGCCUGCUGGAAGAUUUCAAACUGAAAACCAGGGUUAGGAGUACACGUGAGCAACACAUUUCAGAGCUACACUUCAUCUGAUGAAAUCUGGGACACCCCAGGAGUGGUGAACCAUAUAUCCAAAUGGCAUUUUCAGCUGAGGGUUUUUUUUAAAUUUUACUUGAGUAUUUGUUUAGUUUAGACUAAAAGACACAAAUAAAGGGGCUUUAGGACUUCUUAUUUGGGCUGUUUUUGUUAGGACUUGUAAAGGACUUGAAAAGGACUUUGACUGCAAAAAAAUAGAGGUGCAGCUAUGUUAUUAGAAUUUAAGAAGCAAGUAGUGUUUUGUCUCAAAAUAGCAUUAUGUAGGUGAAUACUUCUUCCUGAUUUUUUGUUAAGAACAUUUUCUACUUUGAAAAUAAAUUUUAAGUAAUAACUUAAACAGUAGCAGGGCUCAGGUCUGGGCACUAGAAAUCGGCUGCAUACGUUGUUAAAAUCAUCAGCAACUGCUACACAGGGUCUGGGGAAAAGGAAUGUCCUGCUGGGGUUUGAGAACCUACUAUAAUGUUUAACUCUCAGUAACCAGAAGCAUCGAUACCAGAACUUCAGUGGGAACCUCCACGAUUUUAAUUUAUGGACUCUGAGCUCUGGUAUAAAUAGAUUCUUCCUUAACUCGGGCAUUUGCCUGAAGGAUGAAAAGCUGAUGUAACUUUUCUUCUAAGGGAUUGUCCUUUUUUAAUUUCCCUGAUUUUUAAAUGGCUUUCCUAUAGCACAGGUGACUUACACUGGACUUCUGCUGGCUCAUCUGCUACUUGUUCAUCCCUUAAAUAGAGUGAAACCAAAACUAUAAAAACAUGGCAACUAGCAAGCUCUGCAAGAAAUAUUUGGUGAUUUAUUAGGCAACUCUCUUUUCUGUUUGCACAAAACAAACUUUCCAGAAUUCUCUGAAACGUAACUGUCUUGAAAUUUAAACUUUGAGACAUAAAGAUUAAAUUCUGAUGAAAUUGUGGUCAACAGGAUCAACAUGAUCCUUUCUUUAAAAGGUCAAUAAAUUAUUUUCAGUGUUACCAAGAUUUCACGUGGGUAAUUCCUCUUCCAGCUCAAAGAACACCCUCCCUUUUUCUUCAAAACCCCAAUGGGUUUUGUGAAUUGUGUUAGACUACGUGGGAGAAAUUAUGUUUUCUUUUUUCAUUUCUCAAUUGGUGGGAAUUAGAUAUUUUACUGUGUUGCUCAGAUCUAGAGAAAAGUAAAGUCUGAAAACCUCAGCUUUUAUUUCUAACAGAAAAACCAUGGCUCAAAUUCUUCUUAAGAACAAAAAUACCUGCAUGCAAACAAACAGAACCUCGGUAUUUUUAGAUAAGGAUUUUGGAGGGUCCCAACUCCUCAAGUGCUGACAUGCAGGUUUGGCGUGACUUAUAUUUUAACUAGGUGAUUCAAACUUUAGUUGUAUUUCAAAUGUGAAAACCACAGAUUAUUUAAGCUAGGGUGAGCACAAUCUUUUAAUUUUGUGCAAAGUCCCCACAUGGGAAGAGGAAGGCACACGUGCCAACCUCCACCUUGCAUUAGUAUUAGGUUAAAAACAAGGAACUAAAAAAGAAUUUAACCAGCAUCAUGUAUAUGCAAGGGCCAUUUGUGGUCUGAUCACUCUUCCUGUCUCUGGUACUCUAAAAUCUGUAAAAUCAAGAGAUUGAUUCAAUGGUUUUAAAUCAGCAGAUACCUUACACCGUUUAUAUGUCAAUUGGUACACCCUGCCUACCUGGCAAACCAAAACUCUUGCAGUGUUUAGCUGGCCAAACUGAAAAAAAAAUACAAAUAAUCCUGUAAAGACACCAAGUAGAUGCUAUAGACGAAUAUAGAAUGUUGAGAAAUCUCAAUCAGCAGCCCAGUAUUUUUACAAAAGGCUGAAUGAUAAAUAGACAUCAGAGUCUCAGUGAUGCGAAUUUCAUGGAUGAUUGACAAAUCACAUAUGCCACACAAAGCGGGCACUGCCAGCCAAAUGGUUCAAUGCUAACAGCACUAAAAUCUUUACUGUAAGUGCAAAUAUUGGUGCUACUCGCACUACAUCAAUACUAUUUUGGGGAAAGCAGAUACUUAAGCUACAUAGAAAUAAAAAUACUUUGCAGCUCUAAAUGAAAUCAAACAAGAUUAGAAGGAAACACUCAGGAAAAACUAAGGAUUGCCUGGCAGCCAGGAACAGAGCAAGGCUGAAUGAUCUUUAUGGACAUGUGCUGCCAUUGGAUGUUCUCACCAAUGGAAGUGUGAGUUCUGAAGACUGCCAAAAUCCUUGCUUUAGUGAUUUCUGAGGCACAAGAAAAGCCAGGAUGGUUAUAUUUUGUGAUGGGGAAAAAUAUAACUUCUUAUUUGAAAUCUUUCAACUACGUCAAUUCUUGAACUAUGUCCUAGAGUUUACGGAAGAUCCUACUUUAUCUUUUCUGAAACAGAGAAACUUUGUAUGCCAUACUUAAAUAUUACCUCCUCCAAAUAUUUUAUUCCAUUUCCCUGGUCUUUAAUUCUAUUCCUAUAUUUUUUUCUUGAUCCUAAUUAUUUUCCGUACAGUUAUCUGAAUGAUAAUUCUUUGGAGAUAAGGUGAAAGACUCAAUGCAGUAUUCCAAGAGAUGUGUCAUCGUUCUGUUUCACUGGUUUCAUAUUAGAGUUCUAGAAAAAAAUUACCAUAUUCUCAGUGUUGAAUAUGUAAUAAAUAGAAUGGCCUUUUAAAAAGAUUUACUACUGGCUAUUGAAUAGAGCUUUUUUCCUUAUAUUGGUUUAUGAGCCCAUAAGGAACAUGACUGACUCAUAUUAUUUCUUCUAAUGGAUUAUUUUGAAUGUAACAUCAUCAAAUUUUACCUACACUGUUCUGUUCAUCUCUCCUCUGGAUAGAGCUCUCUGAUAUUUCUUAUGGCCUGCUCUGGUUUUAUCUAAAUUGUACAAUGAUUAUCUGUAGACAGUGAAAUAUUUUUCCUUCAUCUUCCCCUGUAAUUACACAUUAACAAGUACAUCAGACUAUAUAUCUGAUAACAAUAUGACAGAAUCUCUCAAGUUAUUACAUAGAUGUAAAUCUGUACUAGUCCACUGUAUUAACUUCAGAGAAAUUCCAAGUCUAUAGCAAAGCUACUGACAACCAGCCCCAUUCUGAAAAGUCAGACAAAUAACCCCUCAUUUAUACUUUAAAAAGUUGUAUUCCUAGCAGGCUUCUACUGCCAUUGAAAAAGUCAAAUCCAAAUUCCUAAUCAACAUAAUAAACCUUUUUUUUUUUCACUGCUCCUAUAUUCAUCAUGGAGUAGAUCUCCUCUAAAAUACACCCUGUAUAUUGCUUUUUUCAAAGCUCCACUUAAAAAACCCCACAUAAUCCUUAGAAUUCUCAGAAAACUUUGGAGACAUCAAAUGGGUGUAAAACUGAACAUGGCAAAUAUCCAAGAUUCUCUGUGAAGAACAGUCCAAUAAUGAACAAUUAAGUACAGCAGUUUAAUCAUUUUCUCAAAAUUCUCUGGAUAAUUAGGGAAUGUAUUCAGCUUAGAAAGCUGUACUGUCAAACUGAUCCAGUAACUUUAAUCAAAGGCUUUUUAAAAAAUACAGGAGCACAAACCAAAUUGCUUUAAAAUAAACCAAACCAAACAAAACCCCAUCAUAAAACAGCAGAAUACUUUUAUUCAACAGGAAUUACACAGGUCUAAUUCUUAAUUUUUCUUCAUAAAAAGUUUCAUGCAAAGAUAUAAUAGUGAAACUGAAAGAAUGUCAUGGCUGGUGCAAUUCAUAUUUAUUUGGGUAACAACAGACUAAAGAGGGGUUUAGGGUCAUCGAAUGAAUUUCAACCAGACUCAUUUGCAGCUUCGAAAACAAAAGACACAUAGAUCUAGUUUCAGAAGCUUGGUAGCAGAGUCAUGGUUUAUUAUUUAUUUUCAUAUAAAAAUGAAUGAUGUUUUCAUAUGUGACUUGAUUUUGCUUUACUCUUCUAGCUGCAUAUGAGAAGAACACCUAGAAACACGCUUGUCAGAGGUUAUUCUGUUUGUGUAACUUUAUAAAAUGUUAAUUUAUCAGUGCUGAUAGUGGCUUGGGUAAUGCAGAUGGAUACCUAAUUCUACACAACUUUUCACCAACAGGGAGAAGAAACUGAAAGGUGAAAUGGUGUGUUUUGGUUGGAGUGGGAAGAUAUCCACAUUCUUUGGUAAUGGGUGCACUGAAAAAGGAAAUAAAGGUAAAGAAUUUAAUACCUGCUGUGGGCAGAAUACACAGCGGGAAAGCACUUUGUACACAGCUCCGUAGUGGAAAGUUCAGCUGGGUUACUGACACAGGGCGCGGAAAGGACAUCUUAUUGGCAUGAAGCAUGAACAAGUGAGUAUUUAAAAUAAUUCUGAUGUGAAGGUACACAGUUAAAUUGUAGGUUAUUGCUUAAACCUGCAGAAGGAAUUUACUUACAAUAGUACUGUAUUUGGGCACAUUUGCUUCUUUCUGCAGACAUUUAAUAUACACGAUAAUAAAAAUUCAUCUUGCCUCACUUCUUGCCCUUGUAAGAUUAAUGGUUGGUUUCAAGAGUAAGAAUCAAGAGUCACAAAAAGUCAAACAACUGGUGGUGAUAAUUCUCAUUUGAGGUGGAAAAAACCCCACCAAAAAAAAAAACCAAACCCCAAAUCAACCACAAGAACGAACCAACCAACCAAACCUGAGGGAAGCUUAGUCAAUCCUUUAUGUUUCUCUCAACCUUCCCCUACUGAUAUUGUGCUUCAAAUACUUAAGUACAUUGUUCAGCUUGACAGUUUACAAACCUUUGCUUUGUCUAUAAAGAGCAAAUUUCACAAGAAAUAGAAAGCAUUUCAUGUCAAGAACUGCUACCAUUAAGUUUCAAGUAAUAUGCUUUCCAGUGCAAUAGCAACACAAAGCUAUUAAACCAUACUGAUAACUGAUAUAAAGAAUUAGGGGAGCAGUGGGGGCAAUCGGUAAAAAAAAAAACUCAAAACAUAGGACUACAAGGAUACAGAAAAAUCAAGAAGAAACCCAAGAUAUUACAUUCUUAUCUGUCAAAAGUAACCAGUAAUUCAAGAGAAUUCUAACAUAUCUGUAUUUGCAUAGUUUUAGUACUUAUAGAACUUUUUGGGGAAGGAGGGAAAGAAAAAAAAAAAAGGCAAACAAUGGGAAAUUAAUAAUUUUUUUUUUUUUUUAAAUCAACUUAUCAAUUUUGAGAUCAGUCCAUACCUGACUGCACGUUUAAUAUAUUCACCAUAUUAGCAGCAAAAUCCAAUAAAGUUUAUUUCUGCUUUUUAAAAAAAUUAUUUUUGUGAACAUGAGUGAAUAUUCACAUUUGAAACUCACAAAAUAACAGGACACCACCUUUGGAAAAAGAAAAUGUAAAGCUAUCAGAUGUUAAAACAAUCCAAUUCCUAGAUAAAAAGAAUCCGAGACUUUCUUUUUAACUGUAACAAUGAUUAUAGCUGAAAAGGAAAAUAAUUUCAUUACAACUACUUUUUUUUUUUUAAUGUAUACCUUUCAGAGUAGAAAUGUAUUCUAAAAAACAUUAAAUCUCACUGACAAAGCAGAACUAAUGUGACAAGAUCACAUGAAAGAAAAUAAUGAUUUGAAAGCAAAACAAGAUAAUAAAAAUUCAGAGAUGAGGAUAUUUUUAUCUACUUGGGUACAUAACAAAAACAUCCUCAACUGAACUGCAAUGAGGAUAAAAAACUUUCGAAAUAUCUUUUAAUAAAUAAAGGAGUAUUUAUUACUGCUGCAGGAAUUCUUAAAAUUCAUUCUAGCAUGUAUCACCAAACAAUAAUAAUUCUGCAUCUUCUCUUGUGGUCUGUGUGACUUCCAUAUUAAGUCACAAAUAAACAAAAAUCUGUAUCACAUUGCAUCUGUAACAAGAAGUGGAAUGUAUGUUUGUCCAAGCUGUUUAUUAAAUAUUAUUUGUAGUACUGUGGUGCUCAGUCUCAAGUCAGGGACAUGGAUUUCAUUUUGCUUAGUGCCCUAUGAAAAUUAAAUGAAAGACACAAUUUCUUAUUUUACUGUCAAAACACCAAGAACAUUUUAAUUCUGUGGGCUGUACUUUAAACUGCAUCAGGAAAAGUUACGAGUUGCCAAAAUAGCAGGGAAGUUCAAUAUAUUCAGGAUAGUUUUUGUCUAUUUUCAGACUCUUUAAAAUUUCUCUGUUCCUUGGUUUAUAGUUUCAGUGAUGUCACAUAUAAAUAUACCUUCUUUUAUUUAAACAUCAAGGGAAAUUAAAAUGUUAAUCACAUUGUUCAUGUAGCCCUUUGUUGUGAGAACCACAACAGAGACUACAAUACAUAUUUUCUAUCACUAAGAAAAGACUCAAGUCACUUUAUUUUUUAAAUCUUUAUUAAGAGGGUAAAUAUGUUUUCAUUGCCAUUUCAAUUAUUUGAAGUGUGGAUUUAAAAUAAAGCUGAAACACAGAGUGGUUAUUGUUAUAAAAACUGAGAAAAGGGAGACACGUACAUUUAAAAAGAUAUGAAGUGAGUGUAGCUACAGAUAGAGUGGUCAAAUCUAGUAUGCAUCAUUUUAAUUAUCUGGAAAAAUAAAAAUCUACACUACAAAAUACAUUCACCUUGGUGAUUACACACGUCAGGCUGGAUUAUUAUUUUAAUGAUUUUUAGGACAUUUGAUAAUUGUAUGUCAAAAUGCAUGGCAACUAGGCACCUGCUGUAUAAAUAUAAUUUUUAUCACUUCUUACAACAUGACUUUAUGGAAAUAUGUGACAUUUUAGCCUCCUCUCUCUAAUCUUUUAUGGUAACGUUUGUGCAGUAAAGCAGAAGGGUGGCUGCAGCAAGCGCUCUCAUCACGCCAAGCACAAAGCUCAGGCAGUAAGCUCGCAAACUGAGCUCACGGACCUUCGAAACACACAUCUAAAAAUGCUCAACUCAGCCUCCCCUCAGGGGCACAGAAAUACCGUUUAAAUUGAAUUUUGUUAAAAGUUAUAUAGUGGAGAGCUUUCGGGGUCUUUACACACAGAAUAUUCUUUGUCUAGUUGCUAUAUAAUUUCAAACAUACUUUUGGCUUUUCUUCACAAAUUACAUUAGUUAAUAAUUGGGGCAAAAUAAAUAUUAAAACCAUGAGAGCUUUUCCUGUUUACAUCGACCCCAAUUAAAUUCAUUGUCGUUGUUACAAACACAUCUUGCAAGGCCCAAACUCGACCUGAAAAAGCAUAAAUGCAUUGCAGACCCUAAAGACAAGUCAUUAUGCUUAUUUAAAUCCCUUCUUCACCCGAUACGUUUUGGUUUUUUUUUUUUUUUAGAGGCAAUUAUCGGUGGAUAUUUGCUUUAUUUUCCUUUUUGACUAUAAGCAGCAAAUAAACAGCUACAACACAAAUCAGAGCGUUUAUUCGGUACCGUCGGCCUAUCAACGCAUUUAAUAAAGACAGGAUUUAAUUGUUAAGCAGGCUCCGUACAACACUGCAGCCUUUCAGGAACGUUCGGCAGGUUAUUGAUCCGGUGAAUUACCUCAGGCUCAGCCAUAGGGUGCAGGCACCGCCAGCCCUCGCUCCUCCUCGCCUUGACAACGCUCCUCUCGCCACCGCUCCCGAGAAACCCGUCAGAUUCGCGAGUCCCGCGCGUCUCAUCCGGUUGGCCGCAAGAACGAUGAACAGAAUCAUUAUUAGCCGUUUGUUUGCUUGGGUUUUAGAGGAAAAGUUCUCACGGCGAGCACCCUGCGCGCCCUUCGCUCGCUCGCCCGCCCUCCCCGUGGCGACACCCAGACCCGAGGCGGCCGCGCCGAACAACGGAGAAAAGCGCCUUUCUGCUCGUUUGCGGCUCGUUGAGGUUCCCUCCCCCCCACCUUAAACCCAAGGCACGAACCCGGCCCCGGGCACAAUGUUGCAAGAAUAAGAAACAACAACGCGCGACACCGGCACUUACGCGCAGAUGCCAAAUUCGCAGCGCCCCGAGGCCCCCGCGGAGCUCUGAGGGAGCCCCGGGGCCGCCGCAGCCCCGCGUUCCGGAGGGGCCUGGCUACGGUGGAUGGGGGAGCCGCGGCGAGCAGGGGGGGAGGUCGGUCUGGGCUUCCUCAGCCCGCCUCCCCCGCGGGGCCACGCUCCCCGGGGGCAUUUUGGCUUCGCUCGCUUCCCAUUUCUGCGACGCUGAAACUCGGUAACUUCCAGCCUCCCCGCCGCCGCGAAUCGCCGCUGCCCCGCCGCGGCCCCUCCUCCCCGUGCGUCGUAUCCCUCCGCGCGCCGGCCUCCCGCACCUCGCAGAGAAAGCGCCUUUCAGCCGCCAGCCCGCCGCUUCCCGCCCACCCAGCCGCUGCCGCUCCGACAUCUUCUGCCUCAGCCCGCCCGCUAAUAAACACGUAGCGCUCGCCCUCGCCCCUUCUCCCCUCAGCCGGGCAGCGCCAGGGGCCGCCGCGGCGGCGGCGGCGGGGCGGGAGAGGGGGUAGGAGAGCCGAGCUCCCCCCUUCCCCGCUGGGCCGCCCCCACCGCCGGGGACCGAGGGGAGCGGGGGAGAGGGAGGGGCGGCGCGCUGGGCUCGGCGCGAGGGGCCGAGAAGGCUGAGGAGAGGGGCGCGGAGGAGGGGACUCUUUCUCCGGGCGGAGGGAUCGCGCUCGCUCGCGCUGACUGGCGGCGGCAGCAGCGGCGUUGGCGGCGGGUUGCUGUGAGUUGUUGUUUCCUCCUCCUGCCCGUGGGUUGAAUGGUGGAGCCGAGACUCUUCCUGGUGAACGAACAGUGACAGCUACCGGGCGGGCGGACGCGUUUCGCUGGGCCCCGACGCUGCCGCGGGAGCGCGGCCCGAGCCCCCCUCCCCUUCCCCCCCUCCCCUCCCCGGUUUUCGCCUCGCCAUGUCCGGGGACGGCGGCAGCAGGCACACGGCGGAGCUGCGAGCGGAGCUCUACUUCCUCAUCGCCCGCUUUUUGGAGGACGGACCCUGCCAGCAAGCGGCUCAGGUCCUGAUCCGAGAAGUGGCGGAGAAAGAGCUGCUGCCCAAGCGGACCGACUGGACGGGCAAGGAGCAUCCCCGGAGCUACGAGAACCUGGUGAAAUAUUACAGACACUUGGCACCUGAUCACUUGCUUCAAAUAUGCCAUCGACUCGGACCUCUUCUAGAGCAAGAAAUUCCCCAAAGUGUCCCUGGAGUGCAGACGUUAUUAGGAGCUGGCAGACAGUCUUUGCUUCGUACAAACAAAAGUUGCAAACACGUUGUAUGGAAGGGAUCUGCUCUUGCUGCACUGCAUUGUGGGAGGCCUCCAGAGUCCCCUGUAAAUUAUGGCAGUCCACCGAGUAUAGUGGAUACCCUGUUUUCAAGAAAGCUAAAUGGAAAAUACAGACUUGAACGCCUUGUUCCAACUGCAGUCUAUCAACACAUGAAGAUGCACAAACGAAUUUUAGGACACCUAUCUUCUGUAUACUGUGUCACUUUUGAUCGGACUGGCAGACGGAUAUUUACUGGAUCAGAUGAUUGCCUUGUAAAAAUCUGGGCAACAGAUGAUGGAAGGUUGUUGGCAACCCUGAGAGGACAUGCAGCUGAAAUAUCUGAUAUGGCAGUGAACUAUGAAAACACCAUGAUAGCCGCUGGAAGCUGUGAUAAAAUGAUCAGAGUUUGGUGCCUUCGAACUUGUGCACCCUUAGCAGUUCUGCAGGGCCACAGUGCAUCUAUAACAUCAUUGCAGUUCUCUCCACUGUGCAGUGGCUCAAAGAGAUAUUUGUCUUCAACCGGGGCAGAUGGAACAAUAUGCUUUUGGCUGUGGGAUGCUGGCACCCUUAAAAUAAAUCCAAGGCCAACAAAGUUUACAGAACGCCCUCGGCCUGGAGUCCAAAUGAUCUGUUCUUCUUUUAGUGCUGGUGGAAUGUUUUUGGCCACUGGGAGUACAGAUCACAUCAUUAGGGUUUAUUUCUUUGGAUCAGGUCAGCCAGAGAAGAUAUCAGAGUUGGAGUUUCAUACUGACAAAGUUGACAGCAUUCAGUUUUCUAAUAGCAGUAGCAGAUUUGUGAGUGGAAGCCGUGAUGGAACAGCACGAAUCUGGCAAUUUAAGCGAAGGGAAUGGAAAAGCAUUUUGUUAGAUAUGGCUACUCGCCCAGCAGGACAAAGUUUACAAGGAGUUGAAGAUAAAAUCACAAAGCUCAAGGUGACCAUGGUGGCAUGGGACCGACAUGACAACUCUGUUAUAACUGCAGUAAAUAACAUGACUCUGAAAGUCUGGAAUUCUUUCACUGGUCAGCUCAUUCAUAUUCUCAUGGGACAUGAAGAUGAAGUCUUUGUACUUGAACCUCAUCCAUUUGAUCCAAGAGUUCUCUUCUCUGCUGGACAUGAUGGAAACGUCAUAGUUUGGGAUUUGGCAAGAGGGGUCAAAAUCCGGUCUUACUUCAACAUGAUUGAAGGACAAGGACAUGGUGCAGUUUUUGACUGCAAGUGCUCUCCUGAUGGACAGCAUUUUGCAUGUACUGAUUCUCACGGUCACCUUCUGAUUUUUGGCUUUGGUUCCAGUAGCAAAUAUGACAAGAUAGCAGAUCAGAUGUUCUUUCAUAGUGAUUAUCGGCCCCUUAUCCGUGAUGCCAACAACUUUGUCCUGGAUGAACAGACACAGCAGGCUCCACACCUUAUGCCUCCCCCAUUUUUGGUUGAUGUGGAUGGCAACCCUCAUCCUGCAAGGUAUCAGAGGCUAGUUCCUGGUCGUGAGAACUGCAGGGAGGAACAGCUUAUUCCUCAGAUGGGAGUGACAUCUUCAGGAUUGAAUCAAGUUCUAAGUCAACAAGCAAAUCAAGAAGUUAGUCCGUUGGACAGCAUGAUUCAAAGACUUCAGCAAGAGCAGGACCAGAGACGUUCUGGGGAGGCAGGAACCAGUAGUACCAGCCGGAUAAGCAGAGGAUCUAUAAGUUCUACCUCAGAAGUACAUUCACCACCAAAUAUAGGAUUAAGGCGUAGUGGACAAAUUGAAGGUGUGCGGCAGAUGCAUAGCAACGCUCCAAGAAGUGAAAUAGCCACUGAGCGGGACCUUGUGGCUUGGAGUCGCAGGGUUGUAGUGCCUGAACUGUCUUCUGGUGUGGCCAGUAGGCAGGAAGAAUGGAGAACAGCAAAGGGAGAAGAAGAAGUAAGGGUAUAUCGGUCAGAAGAGAAAAGAAAACAUGUCAUAAGUCACAUUCAAAGAGAAAACAAAAUACCGACUUUCUCUAAGAACCAUUCUCAUGAACAUUUACUAGACACUAGCGACUCCAGAAAACAGCAAGCUAAUCAGCACACCUACCGCACAAGAUACGCAGUAGAAGAAACUGCAAGGCCUGCUGAAGAGUUAGAAAACGGACACAGUUCCUCAGAUGAAGGGGAGGUUGUUGUUGCCAGUGGUGGAACGUCAGAAGAUGAUGAAAGAGCAUGGCACAGUGACGGCAGUUCUAGUGACUACUCCAGUGAUUAUUCUGACUGGACGGCAGAUGCAGGAAUCAACUUGCAACCACCAAAGAAAAUUCCUAAAAUUAAAACAAAGAAAGCAGAAAGUAGUUCAGAGGAUGAAGAAGGACCUGAAAAACAAAAGAAACAAAUUAAAAAGGAAAGGAAAAAGGGCAUUGAGGAGAAAGAUGGACCAUCAACAUCACCAAAGAAGAGGAAACCCAAAGAGAGAAAACAAAAGAGGCUGGCUGUAGGAGUUCUGGCAGAAAAUGGUUUGACACUGGAAGAAUGGCUGCCAUCAGCAUGGAUUACAGACACUGUUCCUCGUCGGUGCCCAUUUGUGCCACAGAUGGGGGAUGAGGUCUACUAUUUCCGACAAGGUCAUGAAGCGUAUGUUGUAAUGGCUAAGAAGAACAAAAUAUAUAGUAUUAAUCCCAAGAAACAGCCGUGGCAUAAAAUGGAAUUACGGGAGCAAGAGCUGAUGAAAAUAGUUGGGAUUAAGUAUGAAGUGGGCUUGCCUACUCUCUGCUGUCUUAAACUGGCUUUUCUUGACCCUGAUACGGGUAAACUAACUGGAGGAUCAUUCACCAUGAAGUACCAUGAUAUGCCAGAUGUCAUAGACUUCCUCGUCUUGAGGCAGCAGUUUGAUGAUGCAAAACACAGGCGAUGGAACAUAGGUGAUCGUUUCAGGUCAGUGAUAGAUGAUGCUUGGUGGUUUGGAACAAUUGAAAGCCAGGAACCUCUUCAGCCUGAUUAUCCUGAUAGCUUAUUUCAGUGCUACAAUGUCUGCUGGGACAAUGGUGACACUGAGAAGAUGAGCCCUUGGGACAUGGAGCUGAUACCAAGUAAUGCUGUAUUUCCAGAAGAACUGGGAACUAGUGUACCUUUAACAGAUGAAGAACGCAGAACGCUGCUCUACAAACCUCUGGAUGGAGAGUGGGGCUCCAGGACACGAGAUGAGGAGUGUGACAGAAUUAUUGCAGGGAUAAACCAACUCAUGACUCUAGAUAUUGCUUCUGCAUUUGUGGCACCUGUGGAUCUUCAAGCUUACCCAAUGUAUUGCACUGUUGUCGCAUAUCCCACAGACCUCAGUACCAUUAAACAAAGACUGGAGAGCAGAUUUUACAGGCGCCUUUCUUCAUUAAUGUGGGAAGUCCGGUACAUAGAACAUAACACUCGCACGUUUAAUGAACCUGGAAGUCCUAUUGUCAAAUCUGCCAAAUUUGUCACAGAUCUCCUGCUGCACUUCAUAAAAGACCAGAGUUGCUAUGACAUAAUUCCAUUAUACAAUGCAAUGAAGAAGAAAGUGUUGUCUGACUCUGAUGAGGAAGAAGAGAAAGAUACAAAUGUGCCAGGAACUUCCACUAGAAAAAGAAAGGAUCAUCAGCCGAAGCGGCGGCUACGUAAUAGAGCUCAGUCAUAUGACAUUCAGUCAUGGAAGAAACAAUGCCAGGAGCUGCUGAAUCUCAUUUUUCAGUGUGAAGACUCUGAACCAUUUCGACAACCAGUGGAUCUCCUUGAAUAUCCAGAUUAUAGAGAUAUUAUAGAUACUCCUAUGGAUUUUGCUACUGUUAGAGAAACACUGGAAGCUGGCAACUAUGAGUCACCAAUGGAGUUAUGUAAAGAUGUAAGACUUAUUUUCAGCAAUUCCAAGGCCUACACACCAAGUAAAAGAUCAAGGAUCUACAGCAUGAGUUUGCGCCUUUCUGCGUUCUUUGAAGAACACAUAAGUUCUAUUUUAUCAGAUUAUAAAUCUGCCCUACGCUUUCAUAAAAGAAAUACAAUAAAGAAACGAAGGAAAAAAAGAAGUAGAAGCAGCUCAGUUUCUAGUAGUGUUGCAUCCAGCCCUGAAAGGAAGAGGAGAUUAAUAAAACCUCAGCUGAAGGCAGAAAGUUCUGCCACCUCUUCAUCUUCUGCACCUGCACGGUCAACAGCACUGAGACAUGCUCCACCUCAGAUGAAUGGAAAAGCAGCUGAGACCUCUUCCCUGGUCCGGACUAGAAGCAAUAGGGCAAUAACAGAUGUGGCUGUUAUAGAGCAACCAUCUACUUCUUCAGGAGCAAAGCCUUUAACAAUAAAGCCUUUAAUUACAAAGCCUAAUACUACUGCAGGGUCAGGAAAGUCAGUACUGGAGAAUUCAACCAAACAUUCCAAGAACCAGAAUAUUGUAUCAGUCCCUAGUCAGUCUGAUUACAGUCAUAACACCAGGAAUAACUCCACAAGAGAAAAUACCGAGAAAGAGAAGCAAAUCAAGCGCAAAGUAAAAUCCUCCACUGUUAAUCAACAAGAUUGCAAGGAUAACGCUUUGGCGUCAGGAAGCAUUCAGGUAAACGGACAUGGAGGACAGCCUUCGAAACCUCCAGUUAAAAGAGGUCCUGGACGGAAACCGAAGGUGGAGACUAACAACAGUACCUGUGAUGUGGUGCACAAGAAAAGAGGCAGAAAACCAAAAAAGCUACAAAUUCUUGAACAGCAAAAGGUUGCAGAGCAGAAUACCAUCCAGACUGCAAGGGACAUACCAGAAGAAGCCUCUGCUUCUACUGCAUGCAAUUCUCUUUCUGAAAAUAAUAUGAAGGAAGACUUGGUACAAAAAAAAGGCCGUGGGGGUAGAAAGCCAAAAAGAAAGAUGAAGACCCAUCAGGCGGGCUCGGACCUUUUAGUUCCUGCGAAUGUUAAAAUGCAAACAAGAAGCAGGAGGAAAAAGAUAGAUGAGCCUAUGGAGGAGGGGUCUGAAGAGCUUAAAGACUCUGAACCUCACAUGAGAACUAGAAACCAGGGUAGGAGGACAGCCUUUUACAAUGAAGAUGACUCUGAGGAAGAGCAAAGGCAGCUGUUGUUUGAAGACACCUCCUUAACUUUUGGAACAUCCAGCAGAGGCAGAGUCCGAAAGUUGACUGAAAAAGCAAAAGCUAAUUUAAUUGGUUGGUAAUUUUUACCAAGGGUUUUACUUCGGAAUGCUAUGAAGCAGGUACAAUAAAGGAACAGCAGAACAGACUUCUGCUUCCCUGCUGCUAUUAUGGGUUAGAAGAAUAUGUUCUGAUUUGGGGAGAAAAAUUUAGCAAAAAAUGAACUGAAAGAACAUUCUUUGAAAGAAAUAUAUAUUUUAAACUUUUGCUAUUUAUUGCCCUCCAAAUAGGUUAUGCAUUUCAACAGUCAUUUUGUUCACAGUUGAGAAUAAUUGAAGCAGUUUCUGACUGGUGUACGGAGUUGAGAACUACUCUGCUCGAGUAGUACAUAGUAUCUCUACACAAUUAAAAAAAGGUGAUAGAACUUUGAAUGCCACAAACUGAAAACAGAAGUCCAUUUUUGACCAAGUAGGUACACUUUGAUUGUAAAGUCAAGUUGCCUAGGAAGGCAGAUUUUGGCAAAAAGUGGCAGUAAAUUCACUUACAUUUCUAUUAAACGCAAAAAUACCAAACUUUGCUAAUCUGAAAACGCUUAAUUUCAGUUGUGAUGGAACAUUGAACUGCAAAAGAAGCCUAGCACAGGCUGUUGGUUUAUCCAAGUUCUGCCAAACAUAGCAAAAAUGUAAUCACAAAUAUAUAUAUAUAUGUAUCCACAUUGGAAAAAGUUUGACUGAUGUCUAAUUUUUCAGACCUUGAUUCUUGUAUCAAUCACUAAAUCUCUGUUUAUUGUGCCAAAGACUGAGAAUCAGUGCAGUGGAAAGCCUUUUUUUCUUUUGGAGUGUCAGUACAGCAUACCAUUUGCAGUGAUAAAGCUGUGUAUUGUUUUAAAUAGUGAGUUGUUAACAUUGUUCGAAAUGUAUCCUUUUUGGUACUUUUGGUAGAAAAUAAUGCACUGGUGGGGUCCUUUGACAGAGAUGUUUUAGACAAAAUGUAGAAUUGGUUAAAGGAUUCAAGGAAACUACAGGACAGGUGUGGAAUUAUGAUGUUUACUUUCUGGUCCAGAUCGGUUGUUGUUUCUACAACUUUAGACAUGCUUAAGAGGCUAAAAUGACCUACAAAGAAGAGUGUAUGUGUAUAUAUUAAUAUAUACAUAAACACGUACAUAUAAAAUAUUACCCAGGUAUAAAUUUUUUUCAGGAUUUUUUAGAUAGCACUAGAAUUGAAAAUAAAUUUUAAAAUGUCAUACUUUAUAGUUUAAUUUUAAGGGGAAGAUUGGUUAUUUUCAAUUAUUAAGGUUAAAAGGCCAAAUCACUUUUUAUGCAAUCAUGUUUUAUACAGUGGUCUCAUUGCACAUUGUGUUUUUCUGCACUUUUUAUGGUAUAUCACGCUGACAUAAGUCAAUAUACACCCUAAAGAAAAAUUCCAUUUAAUGAUUGUGCCUUGUAUUCUAUUAUUUCUUGCAUCCUUAGUAAAAUUAAGUUCUCUAUUGUAAAUGAUAACUAUAUGACUUAGGGGAAUGUAUUGUUAUAUGUACUGCUCUGGAAAAAAAAGCAGUUAUUUAUUUGUUUAUGGUACAUUUAGUUGUUUUAUACCUUUACAAACAAACUUUAAUACCAUUUUCUAUCACUUAAAAAAAAUAUUGUCCAGUUUUAAGGCAAAAAUUACAGGAGGAGUCAUAUUUUCUGAGAUCUGGUAUGGUACAAAAAUGUAACCAAAACUUUCCGGUUAUGCAUUAUUUUGGGAGUUUGGGUAGUGUGAAAGAUAUUUUUUUUUUUCUAUUGGUGUGACCCUAACUUAGUUGAAAAAAUAAACCUGAAAUGAAACCUCAAUUCUGUACACCCUUAAUUUUUUUUUAACAAAUGUCAUCUGCAAUAUCUGGAAGGGAGGGCAUACAGAAUUAAGUCCUUAAAUUUGCACAGAUUCUGGAUACGUAUUUGAGGCCUGAUUCUUCACCCUUUAUUUUCUGUUACCAAAAAAAAAAAAGUUAAAUGUUUGAACAAAGAUCAUUGGUAUCUGGCACCAAGAGGAAUAGAAAUAUGCUACUGUGGAUGGCAAUUGUUAUCCACCAUACCUGAUUUUAUGUAGUUCAUUACGCAUUUUGCUACCAAAAAAUGACUAAACUGUUUUCCAGAUCCUCUUUUAAUUGUUAUGGAUAUGAAUUCGGGUAACAGGGAUUAGUUUGCAUUUCAUUUGUUGGUAUAUUUAUUUUUUCUAACAAGUAUUUCUUUAUCAUUCAAUUAAAUUGGAAUCACUAAACACAUGGAAAGAUAACAAGCGAUGGUUGUACAGUUGCAAUACAGCUUCACAAUUCAAAGCUCAUUGAUUCUACUUGGUAAUUUUGUCAAAUCUCACUGAUGAAGGCAAUCAUUUGAAAAUGUGUAAUUUCCUGAUGUUAUCUGCAUUGUAAUAUAAGAAAUAGAUUAUAUCAAAAUUCAGCUUCUGUAUUUACUCCAUUUGUAAUAAUGUUUUAUAUGGCAUGUUUAUGUAUGUAUUUAUAUAUCAAAAAUACCUUGUAUGUAAGUUUGGGAGACUGAAAUAACAUGCGUUCCCUUAACAGUAGGUAGAAAAUUUUACAUCUUAAUUUUACGAGAAGGCCUUACCUGCCAAACAUGGAUACUGCUUUCCACCCAAUAAUAUCAGUGACUUUAGCCAAGAAUUUUUUAAUUCAUAUUAGACACACUAAUGGUUUUCUUUUUUAAAAUAAAUUGUGGAUAAUUGGGUCAUUUUUUAAAAUAGAAUCAAUGCUAAAAGUUUAUUAGGAAUUAAUACCAGAUUUAUUUAAAAGUUAUAUUUUUAUAAUUUGAUUUCUCUAGGUUGGGAACUUUAUUUAUGAGACUUUAGUCACCAUCAGACUGUGCAUUUUAGUUGGGGAAAAAUGUUAUUUGAAGUUGUUGUGAUAUGAGUGUAUCAACACAGAAAAAGAGCUUUUGAUUAAAAAGUCUGAAGUUUUUAAAUGUGAGCAAUAAACUAUUGAUCAGUGCUCUGAAAUAAUUUUAAGAACUAUCGUUAUAUGCAUGUUUUAUAAUGGCAUCCUAAGUACCUAACAACUGGUUCAGAAAAUGGAGUAUCAAAAUCUCAUGUGCUUGUUUCACAUAUGCAUUGUAAAUAUUACAUCAUUUCAUAGUCAUAUUCACUCAAUCAAUCUUACAGACCUGGCAGCAAUUGACGCAGUUUGAUUAAUUAAAUUCAUUUUUAUUUGAUGUGGAUAUGAGGAUACUGUUCUGGUAUUUCUGCUCUAUACUGAAAAACAUUAAAAUUGGUAUUCACCAGUGAGUGGUAUCUUACUAAGUGUGUUCUCUCACUACCGCUGAGGAAAUAUCUUCUCUUUCUGUGCUACCGGUGUGCUCUCAGUGUUUAACAGAAAUCACUGUGCCUGUGCCUACAUACUUAACAACUUUUUAGUCUGUUUCUGUUGUUAGUAUGUUCUCUGGGAAUAGGACUUAAAUUUUACCACUAUAGUGUUCAUUAUUGUCAAUAUUGAACUAGAGCUUUUUGUCACUUGGCAGUUACCAGUGAUACAGCUUUACAGACAAAUGUCUUCCUCCAGUGAUUAGACUGCUGUGAUAUAGAUUUGCAUAUGUUUAUUUGUACAGUGUCCGGUUUGUACGUGUGUUCAGUUUGUUGGUAGACUUGUAAGAUUGAGUUGGUUGAGUUAAAUAUUACUAUGGCUUAAUAUUUGUAAAACUAUGAAUUGAUAAAGGACCCUGAUGCAACACGUAGGAUAUUAAUAUUUAUUAAACAAAUAAAUUGUAGUGUAGAGACAACUUAUUCACUGUAUUGCUGUACAAAUAUUUUCAAGUACUAAUUCUGAAUCUGUGCCAGAGGCGUUUGCCUUACCAAAAAAUCCAUUCAGUAACUUCAAGCUAGUUACAAUUUUUACACCACAUUGUUAAAUCUUUUGCUCACAUUUGUUGGAUCGAUGACUACAAGUAAAUGCUUUAGCAUGCAAUUUGAAUUAAGGCGCAUGUUAAAUGGUUGAAUGGUUCUAUAAAAGCAGUAGGCUGGAUGGAACCCUUUCACCCUGCACUUACAUAGUAGAUUGGAGGUUAGAUUUUUAAGCUCACCUUCAUCAACAUUUGCAUUUAAUUUGAAGCAUGCGAAUCUCGCUGAGAUAAUUUUAACAUAUUGCUGGUUAAUCAAGAUAUAGCCAGACCACAAUAAUUACACAGUGUCCUGAGUCCUUAUCUUACUCUAAAGUAGUGUAUUUUUGCCUGCAGUAGUUUUUCAAAUGUUUCUUUUUGCCUUUUUUUUUUUAACACAGUUGUGCGUUUAACAAUAAUUUAAAUACAAUUCUGCAACAGUGCUGUGUUACAGGAGGUAAAGGGCUUUAAAACCCCACCUAGAAAAAGCAAAAGCUCGUUUUCUGUUUGCUACCUAAUGAAGACAAAUUAGCUGUGUGAAAUUACUACAUAAUAUGCUUUCUUUUAUCCCUGAAGUUCUUGUAACACAUUGGUUUCCAAGGGGACUUAGGCAUUCAGCUGAUAAAAGGGCUGUUAGUUUUCUGCUGUAAAUUAUUGUAUAUACAUGCUGGUUCACAUGCAGAGGAAAGUGUAUUACAUUUCAUAAAAUUGGCCAAGGCUUGACAAUGUGUUUCCAAUAACAAAUCUGGUAUUGACAGCUUACGCAGUUCCCAGUUUUUGAAUCGGGGAUACAGCCUGUACACUUCCUGCUGUGUCUGGGGGAAAUAACAGGCAGCUCUUAAACUAGUGCUAACCUCUAGGUGCUCUUGCAUUUCUGCUAAUUUAAAUGUGGGAAUUUGCCAUGUCAUUUUACAGUGUGGUACAGGAGGAAACACACCAGGAAAGGGAGAUUAAAAGACAUCUUAAAUUUCUUAAAUUGCAGAAAAAGGUGAUUAGCGCUGCUUUUUUUUUAAUUUUCCCCAAGGUUAUAACAGCCUCAAGGCACUCUAGAGAGAAACCUUAUAUGCUACAAUAAAAUCAAGGUGAAUAAAUUUAGCUUUUAGGAGGUAGGUAGUGAGACAAAGAGUCAUGUGCAUCCUUUUUAAUGCAGAUAAAUACAUCAGGAAAUUCACUUUGAAUAAUGCAAACAAUACAUUUUUAGGGACAAAAGGUAGUACUAUAUGAUGGAUUUCUACCCUGAAAAACAAAGCAUGAGGUCAUUCAAAUUAGGAGUAGAAAGAAAUACAAGUACUUAUCACAUACACAUGCCUGUAUGAUGUACAUGUACUAUUUCGUGCUUACAACUGUGUGUAUUGGUUUGCUAAUAACAUUGAGACCCUACAGAAGUUACAUUUUUGGACCAUACUAAAACUGCAGAAGUGUAGCAGACAACUGGAUGAUGAUCUCGUGUGAAUUAAAUUCUGUCAUAAUGUUUUACGUAUGUAUAGAAUGAAGCUCAACUUCAAAGCAAUGACCUAGAAAGGUUAAUUUUGAAACUGACACAUUUUCAGAUUAAAAAUUAUGCCUAUUUUGUACAGAAUUAUGUAAACCACAAAUCUGUUGUAUGUAAUGAGUAACAGUUUUGAAAACUAUAAUUCUUUAGCUUUAUCAAGGCUUUUUCCUUCCAGAAAUCUGGAUUAUCAUGUUAUAACCUGAAGUAUCUCACCAGGAUAACAGUGCCCUUUCUUUUUGUACAUAUGGAUUGGAAAUUUCUUUACCGUUAUGUGGACACUUUCUAUGUUAGUUUUGAUGCAUAAUACUUUGAAUCCUUUUAUACAAACUAGAAUGUAUGUGUAAGAAUUACUGUCACUGCAAUGUAGUAACUACAAACUUAUUUUUAAAUAAAUAGAAAACAUGUUUUUCUAA